AUGUGGGCGGGCUACCUGGACCUGGGUCACCGCCCUCUGAGCCUGGGGUUCCUUGGGCCUCACGUCUUCCAGUCUGUAAACCAAAGGGCAGCUCCCGCGCUGGGCGCCCACCCUCAGGCCUCAGUUCUUCCAGGGAAGACGCUCACGGUGGCCCCUUCUCUGUCUCCCCAUGGCCCCCCCAGGCUGCUGAAUGAGAGCGACAAGCGCCCCUUCAUUGAGGAGGCCGAGCGGCUCCGGAUGCAGCACAAGAAGGACCACCCGGAUUACAAGUACCAGCCGAGGAGACGGAAGAACGGGAAGGCGGCGCAGGGGGAGUCGGAGUGCCCCGGCGCGGAGGCCGAGCAGGGCGGGGCCGCCAUCCAGGCCCACUACAAGAGCGCCCACCUGGACCACCGGCACCCGGGAGAGGGCUCUCCGAUGUCGGACGGGAACCCUGAGCACCCCUCAGGCCAGAGCCAUGGCCCCCCUACCCCUCCGACCACCCCAAAGACAGAGCUGCAGUCGGGGAAGGCAGACCCCAAGCGGGACGGGCGCUCCAUGGGGGAGGGCGGAAAGCCUCACAUCGACUUCGGCAACGUAGACAUCGGGGAGAUCAGCCACGAGGUAAUGUCCAACAUGGAAACCUUCGAUGUGGCUGAGUUGGACCAGUAUCUGCCACCCAACGGGCACCCGGGCCACGUGGGCAGCUACUCAGCAGCUGGCUAUGGGCUGGGCAGCGCCCUGGCUGUGGCCAGUGGACACUCCGCCUGGAUCUCCAAGCCGCCAGGCGUGGCUCUGCCCACGGUCUCGCCACCUGGUGUGGAUACCAAAGCCCAGGUGAAGACGGAGACCGCGGGGCCCCAGGGGCCCCCGCACUACAGCGACCAGCCGUCCACCUCGCAGAUCGCCUACACCUCCCUCAGCCUGCCCCACUACGGCUCCGCCUUCCCCUCCAUCUCCCGCCCCCAGUUUGACUACUCUGACCAUCAGCCCUCAGGACCCUACUACGGCCAUUCAGGCCAGGCCUCCGGCCUCUACUCGGCCUUCUCCUACAUGGGGCCCUCACAGCGGCCCCUCUACACGGCCAUCUCUGAUCCCAGCCCCUCAGGGCCCCAAUCCCACAGCCCCACACACUGGGAGCAGCCAGUAUAUACGACGCUGUCCCGACCUUAAAGGGGCCCUGUCACAUCCCCCCAGCCCCUGGCUAGUAUGCCCUUCCCAAGCCCUCGCACCCAGUUCCUGGCCCAUCUCCGUCCUGGUGGUGGCUGGGGAGGAGGCGGCAGAGGCUGACAGCUGAGGGGAGGCUUUCUGUCGGGCUCACUGCCUUUGAUGACCCCACCCCAUUCUGUCCGGGCUCAGCCCAGGCAAAGCCCUAAACUAGGCUGGGCCAAGGAGGAGGAGGUUGGUUUUUGCCCCUAGACUGGACCAUGAGGGACUGCACCUUCCCCCCAGGAUGACCCUCCAUCCCAGGACCUGAGAAGGACCCGCUCACCCUCUGGGAGGGGGAAGCGCCCAGGGUCGGAUGGGAAUCGGAGGCCUUGCCAUUCCUGUGACUGUGUUUCCUCUUUCGUGUUGAACGAGGGGUCUGACAUAACCCAUGCCACCUGUGCCACGUGCCGAAGGUCAAGGCCAUCCCUGCAUCAGUGCCUGGAGUGGGCUAUGUCUGCCCCUUGGGGGCUGGGGACAGCUUUGAACAGCCUCCGAGAGUGUGGAGGUGGGUGGGGGCUCAGUGGGAGGUAUCCCCCCAGUUUCCCCUUCCCUCCUGAACACAGAAAGGAAUCAACUUAGAGACCCCAGAUCCAGUUCUAUGCCAACAGCCUGAGUUUUCAUCUAAUCGGAAAGAGGGCCCCAGGGCCUCCUCCACUACAGCCUCCCAGACCUUGAGGCACAUCCUGGAGGUGAGGAAAGGACUGGAGACAAUUCACAGAGCCUUCCUCCUGGCUCUCCGCCAGCUCCCUCCCCCCUCACCAGGCUCUGUGGCCCCUGCUCUCGGCCCCACUCCUGGGCUCCCAGAGAGCUAUGCUGCUCGUGCCCAAACCCUUGGCUCCAGGAGGACAAGGGGCCCAGCACCAGGUUGCUAGCAGCAGCUGAAGACACUAAACUCCUGCCAUGUACAUUCUGCCCUGGCCUCUGCCCUUUGCUUCCCAGUGGUAUCUGAAUAAAGUAUGUAGCUCUGUCUGCCCCUAUGUUCCUGUUCUGCAGCCCCCACAAUCCACAUGUAACUCAUUACUACCCCCUUAUUUAUCUCAGUAGCUCCCCACCCCCCUAGGUUCUCCAGCUCCUAUUAACUCUGCAUUAAGUAUUCCCUGUAAUAAAAGUAAAGGUUCCAGCUACCUGCUUGGUGGGCCUGACCUGGCCUGUCUCUUGGUCUCUUCUCCCUGCACCUGUGCUUCCUCACACUUCCUGGAAGUAGCUAGGGGUGGAAUGCAAAGGACAGCUAACCCAAAGGUCUCCUCUCUGCCUAGGAAGAGGGGGCCUCGCAGUGGGUCAGUGUGCUCAGGGGCUGGGGCCUCAGAUGGGAGCUCUUCCCCCAGGCCAGCUGUGCCCACCCUACAGCAGCCCCUCUGUUUACCCAGCAGAGGAGAGGGAGCUUGCAUAGAAUUCAAGAGACAGGGACUUGAGAGGCGGGUCAGGCCUGACUUCCUGGUGUCUGGCUGCCCAGUCCUUUAGGAUGUGAUGCUGGGCCUUCUCUCUCUGCGCACGCGCGCACACACACACACACACCCGCAUAUACACACACAUAAACACACACUGGCCCAAUCCAGGAUCUAGCCAACCUUCACGGCAGCUGCCUGUGUCUGAGGGUAAACCCAGGAUGGCCGGCGUGCAAUCUAACCUUUCAGUGCUUCCUCCCUCAGACUCUUUCCUCAGCUGAAUUCCAAGCUGUGCUGGGGGCAGGAGCCAGGGGAGCAGGGGAAAUCCUUUCACCACAUGCUCCACUGAUGGCUGGCUCCAAUGGCUGAAGUCUUCCUUACUCCCAGCUAAUAAUAACACUAAUAGCUAUCACUUACGGAGUGCUCCCUGGCCAAGUGCUUUAUGUCAUUCAAGCCUAUGAGGGAGGAGAUCCAGUCUUUGUCCCCAGUUUCCAGAUGGGCAAACUGAAGCUUUGAGGUUCAUGCUAAGAAGUGCUGAUGCUCUUAACCGUCAUCUCUUCCAUCUGCCCAGCAUCUACAGGCCCUGCUUUCACUUUUAAUCUGAAGUGAUGCUUUUUCCACUGCUCCAGACCGGCACCUCAGCUCCCUAACCCACCUCUCACCUCCUAGUCAGGACCUGGGGUGGGGUGGGGCGGGGAGGGGUGGGGUAGAGCGUGCCAAGACCUAGCCCAGUCCUCCAGGGUGGCCAGACUCCCAUCCGGAAACUGCAUCAUGUGAGCUCUUAGGCAACCUCACCAAAACUGCUGGCUCCGUGAAGCUCCGUGGUAGCUGCGAACCCCUGUUCUCCUGAACAGUAUCUGCUGCCAAGUCAGAUCGCCCCAAACUGUAUGUAAGAUGUCUUCGGGUAUUUUGUUGUUGUAGAUAAAAGCAGGAUUUUAUACUGAUCUUUAACAGAUUUCAUCUUGUUGGAAUUGACCAUUUCCCACCUACGUUAAACAUUUUGGAAUCCUGAAUACAACUUACUAGCUCUCCUUCUGUAUCUGCAAACCUGAAUAUCCUAUUCAAGUCACUAAUAAAAAAGGUUGAAAUGAA